AAGGACGGUUCGUGGAAAGAAUCGUUCUUCAUUAUAUUUUGUGGUGUACGCGCCAAACAGUGUUGUCGUAAUGGCGUAUUACCCGUCGGCCGCGUGCGUAUAGACAGUGAUAAUAACAUCGGUAGUUGCUUGUAAUCGUGUGCACCGCAGUCGCCAGUCGGAUCCCGUCGCCUCCAGACGCAGUAUUACGCACUCGAUUGAGCUCUUUUUUUUUUUUUUUAUACCCUCUACACUAGACAUUGUAUUCCCAUUUUGUUGUUUGUAACUCGGUGACCAUUUUUAAUCUCUAAGCCGGUAAAUGAGUUACUGAAGUCCCGGCCAACUCCGUCUAUCGCCAUUUUGUCCGCAGAAGUCAGGUUUCUGUUGAGAGAGUACCAUCGCCGUUCUAAGAUAUGAAGAGAAAAACAGGGGACAUACCUAAAAUUAUGGUAUUCCGUCCAGAUUGGUCGGAGUUCCAAGAUUUCAGUCGCUAUAUUGAUUUCAUGGAAUCACGGGGUGCUCAUAAGGCGGGUAUCGCUAAAGUAAUACCACCGCCUGAAUGGAUUCCAAGAAAAACUAGCUAUUAUGAAGACGAUAUUAUGAACAUGGUUAUUCCAGCACCAAUCUGUCAAGAUGUCCAAGGUAAACAAGGAAUAUACCAGCAACUCAAUAUUCAAAAGAAACCCAUGACAGUAGCAGAAUAUAGAAAAUUGGCCGAAUCUCCCGAAUACGAUACACCUUAUUUUUUCGAUUACGCAGACCUAGAAAGGAAGUAUUGGAAAAAUAUUGUUUAUAAAUGUCCAAUCUAUGGUGCUGACGUAUCGGGAUCCAUUACUGACAAUGAUGUAGAUGUAUGGAACAUUAAUAAAUUGGGAACAAUUUUGGACUAUGUAAAUCAAGAUUAUGGUAUUAAAAUUGAUGGAGUUAACACAGCUUAUCUCUAUUUUGGCAUGUGGAAAACAUCAUUUUCUUGGCAUACUGAAGAUAUGGAUUUAUACAGUAUAAACUAUAUCCAUGAAGGAAAACCAAAGUCAUGGUAUGCAAUACCACCAGAACAUGGACGACGCUUUGAAAGAGUAGCUAAUGGCUUUUUUUCUGCGGACUUUUCAGCAUGUCCAGCAUAUCUUAGACAUAAAAUGUCUAUGAUAUCUCCUCAAUUGUUGGCAAAAAAUAGUAUUCCAUUUGACAAAAUAACACAAGAAAAAGGAGAAUUUAUCAUAACUUUUCCUUAUGGAUACCAUGCUGGAUAUAAUCAUGGUUUUAAUAUGGCUGAAUCCACUAAUUUUGCAUCACCCCGUUGGGUAGAAUAUGGGAAAAGAGCUCAACUAUGUAAAUGUCAAACAGACAAUGUAAAAAUUGAUAUGGAUACUUUUGUGAAACGUUUACAACCUGAGAAGUAUGAAUUAUGGCUUCAAGGAAGGGAUAUAGGUUGCCAUCCAGAAGAUCCUAGUCAGCGUAUGUAUCCAGCACCUAAGCAUUAAUUGUUUAUUUAUUUUAUAUGGUAGUUAAGUUUCUUUAUAACAAAUUAGUUAGGUUAUUUUAUAUAGUACAAACCAUAAAUAUUAAUCAAAAUCAAAUAUUUUUUACUAAUGAAUUUUAUUUUUCAUUAAUUAAAUUAAUAUCAUGUACAUAUGUACAUAAUAUUCUUAAUCAUAACGUUACUGUAAGAUGCAUUGUUUCAUUAUGAAACAUUGAUGUUUAAAUUUAAGUCAAAUAUAUAUUUUUUUUUUUACACAUGUAUUUGACAGAAGUGGUACAUUGAAAAUUAUGUUUUUUUUUCUAAUUUAUCAGUUAUAAAGAAAUAACUAUUUUUAAUUAAAUUUAUAUUUUGGAUUGUACCUGUAUUAUAGUAAGUGAUUUGUCCAAGAAUUAGGACAACAUAAUUGUUUUGUAAAAUUAUUAACUCAAAGAAUGACUGCAAAUAUUAUUAUAGAUUUUUAAUUUUUAGCAUUAAAUACAUAAUUUUAUUAUGUAAUAUUACCUGCCAUUUAUAUUGUAUUGUAUAAAAUUGUUAUACUUUUACACUUAAAGAAAAUAAUAGGGAAUAUAGAUAGGUAUUUUGAUGUACCAUUUAUAGAACAUUUUAUUAUUCUUAAUGUAUAAUUCCCUCUGUUCCCUCUAAUUAAUAUCACUAUACAAACUAUAUAAUAGUGUAUUUAUGCCUAAUAACUUGUUAUACAUUUGGAGGUUAAAAUGCUCAAGAUAUCAAAUUAAUAUUGAUUCAAAACAUAUUUUAAUACAUUACUUAAUUAGUCAUUAUAGUUUAAAAAAGUCUACUUUCUAACAUCAAUAGUUUUCAUCUGACUUUCAAUAAGCAAUCAAAUGAUAACUAGUAAAAUUAGUGAUAUUAUUAUAAAGUCAGCUCUUAUACCUAUUCAUAAUAACUUUUCUUUUUAAAACAAAAUUAAUCAUAUGACUUACAAAUUUGAGUUAAGCAGUGAAUUUAUACUUGAAACCUCUGAAUGAACACUUUUUAAUUUUAAUUUUCUCACAGUUAUCAAAAUCUGGUCGUAUAAUUUGCUUAUGUUUGUGGUUAAAAUAAACAAACUGCAUUACUCUUAAUAUUUUUUAUAAGUUCAAAAAUUAGUGGUUUUUAUAUGUAAAAUGGAAAUUUUUAAUGAAGUAAAUGUUUAUUAUUUUAACCAUAGACCACUGGCUAAAACAUUUUUUUUCAUUCUAAAAGUGUAACAUUUAAAGUUAGCAUGAGAAAUUAAUCAUUUUAAAUACAAUUAUCCUUUUAUAAAAUUUAUUUUUAGUAUAAUUUUUACUGGUAAAAUGUUUAAUUUUUUUUUUUUUUUACUAUCAGAAUCACUUUAUGUGUCCUCAAAUGGAUAAAUUUAUAAAAUAAAAUGUUUUAUUUCAUGUUUUCGGCUGUGAUUCUAACUACUAUUUUUAUUGUUUUUUAAUUACUCUUAAAUUAUCAUUAUUAGGCCUUUUUUAUAAGUAUAAUAUUAGGCUUUUGAUCUCUGAAAGAGAACAAGACUGUCUUAACUUUUAGAGUUUUAUAUCUGUAAUUUUAACUGCUUUAGAGGUCUUAUACUAAUAAACAGAGCAUCAUAGUAGUUCACACGAUUAAUAGUAGCUUAACACUUGUUAUGCCACACUUAUACUAAUGCAAAGGACAAAUCAAGUGUACAAAAAGUAUAGAACAUAGUUACACCAGUCACCAUUCACCAAAAUGUUCUGUCUAUUAGUAUAGUUCAUUUUAGAUUAUGUUUUUAAUUACAUAAAUUAUAUACACCUAAUAUUGUAAAUUAAUAUCAUUAUAAAAUGUUGUAGACAAUGAGUGAGUUGAUAUGUUUUUAAUAUGGCUAAUUUAUUUAAUUUUUAUGAACAUGGUUUGAUAUUUAUGAAAUGUUUUUAUCAACUGGCUGUAUUACUGUUUAAGUAUUUAUUUAUGUUCAAAUGUUUUUUUUUUUUUUUAAUGUUUAGUAGUGUUGUUUGUGUGGAUACAAGACACUAUUGAUACUUAUUAUUUGUUUUUAGUUUAUUGUUUUAUGUUAAUUUAUGUAUUAACAUCAACAUAAAUAAGAUUUUUAGCAUGCAUUUUGUUAAAUUAUUACAUUAAUGUAGUAUACAUAUUACAUUUAUAAAAAAUUAUCAUUUUUUUUUUAAAUGUGUUUCAUAUAUUAAACAAAUAACAUGAUGAUAAUGAGCCAAUUUUGUUAUGUUUAAUUACAUUAACUUAUAGACAAAUACAAAUUUCAUACUCAUAUAUUUAUUAUUUUAUUUAUUUUAUUUGAAAAUUCAAAAAAUUGUUCUGAGGUAUACAUUUUUAAAAACUUAAAAAACAAUCCUUUUUUGGGAUAGCUAAAAAACGUCCUUAGAAUAAUUUAAACAGUGAUGUUUAAUGUGAGAAGAAUUGAUGGGUUAUAAUUGUUAUACAUAAAUAUAGAUUAGUAUACUAUUUUUUUUCUUUCUGACUUAUGCACACAAUAGCAAAUUUGUUUUUGUGGUCCCAUUCUUGUGUUAGUUUUAAUAUUAGAAUGAAUUAAUGUAUUAUCAAACUUAAAUUAAAGAAUAUUUUCUAGAACACUGUAAUAUUAAAAUGAUCAUGAAACAUUAAAAAUAAAAUAAAUUCUCUAAGUUCUCUAUUCUAUCUUCAACAAAUUUAAUAAGAAAUCAAUUUAAUUUAAUAUUCAAGUGAACAAUAAAAAAUUGGUAUUAUAAAACUUAAAUUGUUUGUGCUGCGUUUGGGUCUGAAAGAAAAUAAAUAUGAAGUGUGAAAUAUUCACUUAAAAUACUGUAUAUACCCAACCAAAUCUUAUUUGCCAUUUUAGUUUAACAUGUAAAUUCUAAAUUUUCAACUUUGGAAACUUUAUAUCAAAGGUAUAUUAAACUUAAGUAUACACGAACAAUGUACAAAAUAUUUUUAUACAUUUUUAAACAGAUUUGGCACUUAAUUUGUACUAAAGAUAUAUUAUUUUAAGGAAAAUUGUUUAAAAAUUAUUAAAUUAUGUUUUAUAAAAACUAUAGAAGUAUUAUAUUAAUUUGUAUACAUUAAACAUAGUAACUCAAUACCAUCAAAUCAGUAGUACUGAAAAACAUUAUUAACUAUCUUUUAUUGUAUUUAAUUGGUAAAUGUUAGAAGAUCAUGGUUGUUACAACUUUUUUACUGUAAGAUUAAUAGUGGUAGUUAUAUGUUGAUCUUUAAAAAAUGUACAAUUAACCAUUAACUAUUAUACCUGUCAUAUAAUAUGGUAAACUAAAAAGUUUAUGAAAGUUAAUGACCAAGAAAUAGUUUGUGCAAAAUUUAGCUACAUUAUUAUUAUAAUAAUUAAAACAUAAUAUAAAUUAGUGUUAUUUAUAUUUGUUUGUUUUAUUUGAUUAAAAUUAUUUAUGUACCUACACUUUCUCAUGUUAAUUUACAAAUCUUAAUAAAUAUUUUUAUUAUUUUAA